UGGCGCUGGGCUGCCCGAGGGAAGCCCAAGUGUUGUGCGAGAGGCUAGAGGGGGAAGCAGUGCCAUAGCUGGGAGAGAUCGCAGUUGGAAGCGAGAGGGUGAUCGCUGGAGGUUCACGAGGAGAGGAGGACGACAAGGACGACGAGGAGAAGUUGCAUUUGUCGCAUUUCGGGGUAGGAGCCUCACCAGGUGCUUCAUCAUGUUUUUGAGGCGCAUUGCAGGGCCGCUGCUAGCCUCCGUCAAGGAGUCCACAGGCAUUGUAGGCCUGGAUGUUGUCCCCAACGCGCGGGAGGUUCUCAUCACGCUCUAUCAGCAGACUCUCAAAGCUGUGCAGCCCAUCCCCGAGUCGGCUCAGUACAGGAAGUCGGUGGAAGCGCUCACUCAUCACAGGCUCAAGGUUUGUCAAGAAGAACAAGAUUGGGAAAACAUUGAGAAGAGGAUUCAGGGUGGGCAAGUAGAGGAGUUGAUUGUGCAAGCUAAAGACGAGUUGCAGCUUAUCCCAAAGAUGGCUGAGUGGAAACCCUGGGAGGUCCCUGAGGGUUACAAGGUAGAGGUUAUUGAGGAUGACGACUCGAUACCGUCGCAUGUACCCUAUCACAAGUAGAGGUAGAGCAUUUCUGCAGUGAUAUUUUCUUGUUGAUCUGGCUCUCCACGUGUUAAUCCAGCAUUUGGUGGAACUCAACCAUUUUAUAAAACUCGUCUACAAUUGACCAUUGAUGAGGUCAUCUACUUACUGCCCUUUCUUUCAAGGUCUCUCUUCAGUAGGAGAUGUUCAGCUUGAAGUUCAUUUUUGCAAAAGUACUUCAAUAAAUUCCAUUUUUGGCAGUUUGUUUCUUC